AUGUCGAAAUCGCCUCCUCCGCCCCCGCAGUGGGUGCUCGACCUCAACUCGACGCCCGCAUCCAAGCCGAAGAACGCCUCGCUCUCAGACCCACCGGGCUACACGGCUUCUCUCACCAAGAAGGAGCGCUCUCAGGCAUCAAAGACGCAGAGGCAGCCCCCGACCCCGGAAGAGAUGGAUACACUCAAGAUGAAGAAGGCGUGGGAGGUCGCCAUCGCGCCCGCAAAGCAGUUGCCCAUGAACGCUUUUGGCAUGUACAUGACAGGCAACACUCUGCAAAUCUUCUCCGUCUUCAUGGUCUUCACGCUCUUCAAAACUCCCGUUCUCGCUGUACUAGGUCUUCAACGCACCUUCGCUCCCUUUGAAACCCCCGGCACAUCUGGACGACUCCUCGGUGUCAAGCUCGUUUACAUUGCAUGCAACAUGCUGAUGUUGGCGUUGGGUAUAUGGAAAGUGAAUGGCAUGGGACUCUUACCAACGACAAAAUCAGACUGGCUGGCAUGGGAAAGUGAGAGGAUAUGGUCUGAAAGGGCAGUACCGAAGGAGUGGUUGUGA